AUGGCAUCGUACAUACAAGGCUAUGAUGAGGAGAGAUUUGCGACCACAGUCAAUCGAAAUUUUCUCUGUUUGAUUUGCUUCAACGUUUUAAGAGAGCCCGUCCUGUGUCCGAGAAACCAUCAUUGUUUCUGCCGUUCUUGUAUUACGAAACAUCUCGAGAAUUCUCGAAGAUGCCCUACGUGUGCGGACGAACUGACCCUAGAGACUUUGGCCGAACCACAAAGAAUGGUAAAAGAUUAUAUAAAUGAAUUAAACAUUCAUUGCAUUUACAUCAACAGAGGUUGUCAAGAGAUCCUACAAUUACAACAUCUUGACAACCAUGAGGGUACAUGUGGAUUUACACCAGCCGUUUGUACAAACCAUGGCUGUGGUGUAACUUUAAACCAGCGUGAUCUUAUUCACCAUCAAAGUGAACUAUGUGAAUUUCGAAAGUUGAAGUGCCACUCGUGCGGAGAAAUGACAAAAACUUUGGCAGAUAUGAAGAAAAGAAUGACGAAUGUGGAAACAAAUAUGACCGACAUGAAAACAGACAUCGAAGCAGUAAAUAAUGAAGUGAGAGGAUUGAAAACAGCUUUGAUUGAAGGUUUUGAUGAAAUGAAGGAUGUUCUUGUCAAGAUGGAGGACAAGAAAGAAGAAAACACAAGAAAAGUAAGAAAUACAGCAAGUGGUGAUAAAGAAAAUAUAGUUGUUGCUGGAGGUUCUGGUACUAACUCUGUAGAGAUGUUUAACUGGCGUCAAAGAACAUGGUCGCCAUUACAAUCCUUGCCAAAGAAGCGUUUUGGAGCGACUUCGUUUGUGUACAACAAUCAUGUGACAAUUGCUGGAGGUCGCUCUCCUGGUCUUGUCAGUGAUAUGAUUAGAAUGAAUUUCAACCCAAACCCUGAUCUCUCAAUGCACUGGACUGACUGUCCAGUUAAACUACCUUCUAAGUUGGAACGCCACAGCAGUGUGCUGUAUAAUGAUCACUUGAUAGUCACUGGUGGUUAUAAUGGAAAUGGAAUAUCUGACUGUAUUCAUGAAGUCCAGCUGGUUCCUCCGUAUACUGUGAAGACCUUAUCAAGAAUGCCAGAACCAAGACGAGGUCACAGCACGCAAUUAUUUGAUGAUAACUUGUUGAUCGUUGGUGGAAGUACAACUGACAGAUACCAAGACUACCUCAGUAGUGUCGUAGUGUAUGAUAUAAAGAAGAAUGAAUGUAAACAGUUAGCACCACUGCCGUAUGAAGUGAGUUUGAUGGCAACUGUGAGAUGGGGAGACAACAUCGUUCUUAUGGGCGGCGCUGAUAAACGUGGCAAAGUAUUACAUACAGUUAUCAUUUACAAUGUCAAGACUGAACAAAGUCACUUGCUGCCGCGAAUGAGAUGUAAGAGACGGGGAUGUACUGCAGUUGUUAUUGGAAACAACAUUGUAGUACUGGGAGGAGAUGAUGAGCGAGGACGUGAUCUAAAGUCAGUUGAAGCUUUCAACUUUGAAAGUUAUACUUGGCAAGAACUUCCAGAAAUGUCCCGAGCAAGAUGGUUUCCCACUGCUGUUGUUGUGUGA